AUGCCCCGCCAAACCAACCCACCCCGUCCCCGGACCCCCUCCCUCCCCGCCACAGAAGACGGCGACUCCAAGCCCCUCCCCGACCCCUCUACCGACAAGCCCCAACGCCCCGGCACCUCCGGCACCGAAGCGGCGCUCAAAGUCACGCGGCGCCAGGCGUCGGAAAAGUUCCGGCAGGCGGAGCGCGCGGAGCGCGCGUACCGAGCCAAGAAGCGGUCGGCGGCGACGCGGGCCAACUAUGCCGACGCCAAGGAGCACUUCAAGCAGGGGCGUGAGCACUUUGGGCUCGGCCUGCGGCUGCUGACGGCCGUCGUCAAGGGGUGGCCGUACGUGCUGCGCGAGAAGCGCGAGGCGCGCCGGCUGAAGGGGGAGGAGGAGAAGCGCCGGAAGGUGUUGGAAAUGAAGAGGAGGCUGGAUGAGAAGUUGGGGGAGGGAGAUGGGGGCGCGAGGGAGGAAGGGGAGGAGGUGAAGGUUGUUUGA